ACUGCACAAAUCCAGCUGCGGUGACAUUCAGUGAAUUUCUAAAUUAACAAUUUCGACGCCAACAACAACAAUAAGAACCAACGCCGCCGCCAGCAGAGGCCCAUAGAACAAAAUAUACGCGCAAAACAAAAACAAAGUACAACACCACCCAACAACGGCGACAAGCAGCGCAGCGGUGACAACGACGCGACAAAAUCGCGCACCGGCCCAAUAUCGCAUUCGACGAACUGAAGUCAAUCAAGCCAGUAUAGGGCCCGCCAGAGAAGCGCUACCACUAUAAAACCAAAACAUAAAUUAGAAAAUGGAUCUAAAUUCGCCGAUUAUUCGCGUGCUAAGCGGCAUUGCCAUUAGCGUUUUGGGCUUUCAAAUGUGCCGGAAGGUACUGCCCUGGGUUUUCGCAAAUAUUCUUGGACCCAGUUUGCUAGGACCUAGGGUGGACAUCCGUAAGAUGGGCGAAUGGGCAGUGGUUACCGGCUCAACGGACGGCAUUGGGAAGGCCUACGCUCGAGAGCUAGCGCGCAAAGGACUCAAACUGGUGUUGAUUAGUCGUUCGCUGGACAAACUCAAUGCCGUUGCCAAAGAAAUAGGAGAAAACUUUGGUGUCGAAGUUCGGGUCGUCGAUGUGGACUUUACACGAGGCGUAGAGAUCUAUGAGAAAAUACGCAAAAGCACCGAAGGUCUUGAUGUGGGCGUCCUGGUUAACAAUGUGGGAAUCAGUUACAGCCACCCCGAGUACUUCUUAGAGUGUUGCAAUUCGGAUCCAAAAUUCCUACGCGAUAUCAUUGCUGCCAAUAUACAUUCCGUGACGCACAUGUGCUCAUUGAUUAUGCCGCGCAUGGUUGUCAAACGCAAGGGUGUCGUAAUCAAUCUCUCGUCCACGGCAGGUGUAAUUCCGAGUCCCCUGCUAAGUGUAUACAGUGCAACAAAGGCAUUUGUAAACAAGUUCAGUGAUGACCUGCAGACUGAAUACAAGGACCAUGGACUCAUUAUUCAGAGCGUACAGCCUGGUUUCGUGGCUACAAACAUGUCCAAGAUACGUAAACCGAACAUUUUUGCGCCCUCGCCCGAAACGUAUGUAAAAUCUGCACUCUCCACACUUGGCAUCGCUACACAGACCGCAGGCUAUCUACCACACGCAUUGCUUCAACUCGUCAUACAUUUUACAGAGGCUGUGCUGGGCGAUCAAAUUGCUAGAAAUGUGGUCCUGAAAAAUAUUUUGGGUACACGCAGUCGUGCACUUCGACGCCUAGCCAAGGAGCAAUAAUAUUUUUCGCACAAGUAAAAGCCAGCAGACUUGGCAUCUCCUGGAGCUGCUGCUGAUUGUGUGGCACUGCCAGCAGCUGCAGCAGAUGCGGCGACGGCGACUCCUAUUGGAAUUCGUUCACGGUUGGGGGUUGGGCAAAGAGCGAAAC